AUGUCUACCCCAAACGCACCAUCCGAGUUCUUGCUAAAGCUCAUCGAGGACAUGGGCGAAAUUCAGCCUCGCUCUCGAGCACCAGCGACUGAUAAGGACACCACACCUUUCCCGUUCGAUUCGUUGGCUCUAGAGAUUCAGUACAAGAUAUUCGAGCAGGUCGUCGGGCCUGACUGCGUCAGAGUCUCCGAAGACGACACUCGACAGUACCGCGGUGUUCCCAAAACAUUCAACGGACGGGCUGCACCCACUGACGUUGCUUCCAGCGGUAACCCUAUGACCCUAGCCCAGGUCUGCAAGUCCUGGAAAGCCAAAGUAGACGAAAACAGCAACCUCUGGUCGACCAUUCGGAUCGACGACCCAUUGCCCGAGGACGUCCCCUACUUCAAGGCUUGGUUAGAGCGCACUAAAGAGGCGAACAGCUUGUUGAAUCUCACCUUUGAAUACGGGCGCCGCGCCGGCAACGUCUACCUUUCCUACCCCCUCGCAGCAUCGAAGGGUACCGAUUUCUUUGGUCUUAUUCGCCUAUAUCGUCAAGCUAUCUGCGAAUCUGUGAAUGCGGCGCUGGAGCAAUCCGAGCGUAUUCGAUCGCUCACACUCCACAUGCAGACCAAUGACAAUGAUAGUGGGAUCCAUUGGAGGGGAAAGUCCUUCCCCGAGCUUGUCUACGUGAGCCUUUACCUUCGUCGAUGGCCCCAAGAUUCUGUGAUCGGACUCUACAACACCAUCCUCAAGUCAGCACCCAAGCUCAAACACAUCGACAUCGAUUUGAGCUACUACUUGCCUGGGAAGCCGAGAGGUUGUAUUCCGUUUGGUGACCUCCGCAUGCCCUGGGGCCAGCUCAAGUCGCUCUGCAUCCCUCUUCGCAGCCUCGGGAUGAUGUUCACCAUUUUGCAGGCCUGUCCUGAACUCGAAGAAUUCGAUAUGAUCGGUCGUUACGGUGCCGAGGGUCUGACCAAUGAACCUGCAGAUGAAUCGAGAGCGGAGGCUGAGCCUAUCCCCGCCCCUAAGCUUCGAACCUUCAAGCUCCUGAUCGACGACGAGUUCCUCUUUGUCUGCCAAGCGCUCCGCAUCACCGCUCCUGCCCUCGAGACACUUGUUAUCAAAGCCAGUAUCGCUGGGAUCACCUGUGAAAGUCCUGCUCCGGAAUACUUCAAGGACGCAUUGGUUGCUCUUGGACGCCGAUCGGGAUGUCGGCUGAAGACUCUCUCGUGCUCCCUGGGAUGGCCAGAGGACGCCUAUCAAGGAAUUCACGUCAUGCUCAAAGACCCCAUGUUCCAGUACCUCGAGAACCUGCACUUUGGUGAAGAGGAUGGCAUUAAUGAGCAAACUUUGCGAACGCUGACGUUUACAGCAGAAAACCGUUUCUUACCUCGACUCCGUUCUUUGAAGGGGUGCUUCGAGGCACAGGAUGGCGAGUAUGCCAGAAUGCUGUAUUCUCGAGUAGCUGUUCCUGACGAGGAACGUACCCUUCGUGUUGUGGAUGUGGCCGUACGGCGAAAAAUGCAGCACUGGGGUCAGGGCUUCAAUAAGGAUGGAGAAGUCAUGAAUCUGGUAAGGAGGCUGAAAAUUCUUGACUUCUUGCGCCGUUAG